GCGAACCUGCCGCCGUGCCGCUGUGAGAUUCAGACGCCUCGGCAGGCCCCUUUCAUCACAAGCAGAAGGCGCAAAUCAAUGCUGUGACAAUUCACAGCGAUGGAUAACCUUUCAAGAAACAACACAACUCAUUGAAAGAUGCCAAGCGGUACUUGCACGCGGCUGGCCAUCGUGGCCGCCGUCUUCCUCAUCGCGGCAAUCUUCCUAGUUCCCCAGCUACCCCAUGUAGGCUACAAUGUGCCCACCCAGGUCGGCCACAACACCCCAACGAACGACGGCAAAGAUGUUUCGACCGGUGCCGGUAAACCGAAUGGCCCCAUUGACGAUCAUGUCAACAAUGUGAUCACAUCCUUGGCUUCUAUCGCUACAACACAGAGCAUAGCCGACGCGCCCCCGAAGCCAACUCCUGGCUCCACAAGCGCGAAACCCGAUGCGAAGAAGGCCUCCAAGCUCGAAGCUGGCCAGUCGCUGUCGCCAUUCCGUCUCGCGUCCCCGAACGGGCGCUACGAACUCAACCUCCUCGAUAGCGGUUCACUCUCGCUCCUCGACACCAAAACAGAGAUCGAGCUGUUUACGUCCGAUACCGAGUACCAUUGGCCUGUAGCAUGGCAGGUCGAGCUCACACAGGAGGGCGUGCUGAUGCUCUCCUGGGCCAACGAGACCGCUGCCCCGUAUGGCGCAACGCCAUGGAUCUCGAACCUCCUACCUGAAUGCGCUUCUAUUGAGACUGGUGACGAGAAGCCGGUUCUAGAGCUUUUGGAUUCUGGAAAGCUGCAUAUUCGCGCUGGAAGCAAGACGACGUGCCUCCUUCACCGCGCCACAGAUGACAUGGGACGUCUCGCGAUCGUGUAUACUGGCUUCUUGCGCACGUACCUGAAGACUUGCAAGGAGCAGAACAAUAAGCUCGUCAAGACUUGGACUGGAAGCGGCGGUGUUGAUGUACACGUGUUUACGUACCUGGAAGAUGUCGUGCACGAUUCCAGUGACCCAGUGGACAAGGACAGCAUAACCAAGCACCUCAAGUCAUGCUUCGGAGACGCGCUCAAGACUGUGGAGAUUCUCAAACUGGACGAUGUCAAGGAGAACGCCGUGGAUCCUCCCGAGGUGCUGGUGAAGGAGUGUGGCAACGAUAAGCUUAACCAUCAGCUCAGCCAAUGGAAGGCGCUGUACCUCGCCAGCCUGCAAGUUCAGAGCUACAUGAUCAAGGAGGGCAUAUCCUACGACUACAUCUACAAGGGCCGUCUUGAUCUGCUGUACUGGGGCGACUCGCCUGCCCUGUCGUCACUCAAGGUGCCUGGUAACGGCAUCCUCGCACCCCGCGUUACACUGGAUUGGACCUGGUACGCCAUGCUCCACGAUGGCGAAUUACGCGCAGGCGUUACAGACAUCACCGCCUUUGGGCGCCCCAAUGCGAUGUUCACUUAUCUCGCGCUCUACCGCGAGUUCAUCCACAUGCGGACUCUGGAGAAGGAGACAGCGAAGUGGAAGGGCUUUAAUACCAAGACCAGGGAGAAGAAGCCAGAGGGCCAGGAGGGCUGUACGCCUGAAGGUAUACUGGCGUACUGGCUGCGGAUCAAUGGCAUCGCUGUGAAGACGGACUGGCAGUUCAAGAUGGGUUUGUUACGCGGAGACGGGAAGGUCAUCUUCACUUGCCCUGAGGGCAGAGGUUGGCUGUGCCCUGGUUUCAUCCCACAGGUUCAUGACGAUGGAACCCUGUUUUGAAUAGUUGUAGUAUGAUACGGAUAAUGACACCGUUACCAUCGAGAUUACAGGCACAAGGUAUUCGCUACCU